GGUACCAUCCCCUUGCACCCAUUUUUCGUAGUGGUCCUUAACUACUUUGACCUGGCCCCACUUCAGCUGGCACCCAAUGGCUGGUUGACUUUGAGCUACCUUUUCAUUGCGUUCGCGGUACUUGCCAAAUGUGCCCCUACGACGCUAGAGGUGCACUUCCUGUAUAACCUCAUGCCCUCUCCCAAGUCCAAGGGCUUUUACUAUUUGCAAAAGGCCAAUAGCGAGGUCCCUUUGAUAGAGGGCUCAGUGUCCAAUCCGGGGUCCUGGAAGCGGGACAUUUUCUUCGUAAAGGGCCCUCUUUCUCCCCAUGAGGACUUCCACGCCUCCCCCAAGCAAUUUGCCGUUCCCUUGGUCGUUGGGUCGGAGGCGGACGCCGUGAUGGGCCUCAUUAAUGCUGACCCCGCCCUGAAAAAGGCGGCGUUCUUAUUCACCGUGGAGAAUCUAAACCUCCACAAACUGUCCCCAGUCUCUGACCCCAAGUUGCUGUGGACCAUUCCCGGGUCCAAGAAGAUGAAGGCGAUGUCGGUCGAGCCUUGCCCAGAUGAAGGUGAGGCUGAGGAUGAGCCGGAGGAAGCCCCCCUUGAACGUGGGGGACCUCACCAGCUGCCCCCGUCUCCUGGGGGAUGCCCUCCUUAUGCCUCUUAUGACCAGGACAUAGCCUCCCAAUAUCAAGACCAGCAUGCCAUACUGGGGUGUUUUGUUUGCCCUGACCCUGAGGGCUAUGAUGCUUUCACUCAGGCUCCUCUCGACCCUGGUCCAUCGGGGGCUUACUUUGCCAAUUUUCCAGCACCCCCCUCUGAUCUACUUGGGCCUCACUUUUCCACUUUUUCUGCGCCCCCUCCCGUUUCAGCGAGCGGGUCAUCUGUCCUUACUCAGCCAGGUGCCCCUGGCCUGGAUGGGGCGCCCUGGGUGAAUCGUAUGUCAUCCACUUACGGGCGGUGGUUCACCCAAAUCGCCUCGGACCUCCCUGAGCCUGACUGGAACAGUCUUGGGAGUUUUGCUCUGUCAGACCUUGGGGAAACUUUAAGGCGCACCACUACUUGGGCCCAUAUUGUGGCUCAGCGGUUUGCCAACUCGGCUAACAAUCUCUCCGCGUCAAGUGCUGAGAGGGACCGUCUCACGACCCGAGUCGGGGAGCUUGAGGACACCCAGACUGAACUAAAAAGGGUUCGGUCCAAACUUUCUGUCUCGACAAAAAGGAAGCUGAAGGCGGUUGCCAAAGCCACGACGCUGCAAGACAAGGUCAACAGCCUAGAGAGCGAACUCCAGGGGACCAAGGCUAUCGCGGCUGCGUCACAGGAGAGAGUCACUUAUUUAGAGGCCAAACUCAAGGCUGCUAGGGCCGAACUUGAGGCUGCUAGGGCCGAACUCGAGGCUGUUAGGGCCAAUGUAGCCACAUCGCAGGAGAGAAUUGCUUCCUUAGAGGCGGCUCAGACAGCUAUCGAGUAUAGGUCCAUAGACCACGUCCUUUACGGUGUGUGGAGGCAGGACCCCAACUUUGAUUUUUCUUCCUUCGACGAGCACGUCGUUGCUCAAGCGGCCGUGUGGAGCGCCCGUGGUAGGAGGCCCUGAGGUCGUCAUAUCCUCAUUUCUGUCAACUAUCCCGCUGUGGGCAUAUGCUCACCUUGAGCCUUUGUAAUAUUAUUGUUAUUAUUUUUACUUUGUGAAUCUUUUCAUGUUAUCAAGACUCCUUUUUCAAUAUAUAUAUACAUGUGUGGUUAUUUAUCUCUUA